GAUUGAUAUAUUUAUCAAGCUUCCUUGAUGAUAUUCUUUUAUAAAUAUUUCAAUCCCCUCCUUUCGUGAAGUUUAAUCGCAUAAUUAAAUAUGUCGGAUCAAACCCCAGCCACAAGUGACGGAUCUUCGAGAUUUACAAUCUCCUCCGAUUUUCCCAACCUCCAUAACCAGAAGGAGUCCGACGAACUUCACUACGAUGAACGCACAAGAGAAGCAACGGGCCUCCAAUCCCAACCAGAUCAACAAACGUGCGAAACAGAAGACCAUUCCUUCCAGGGGACCAAGCCCGGUAAGGAGUCGGACACUUUGCCGGGAUGGGAGACCGUGAAGGAUGGGGUGAAGGGGUUGACGGGGUCUCGUUGAGUGGGUCUUUCUUGUAUGACGAAGUGUGAUCGGACAAAGUGUAUAUACAGUGAUUAUAUGAGAUGCGUAUAUUGUUGUGAAUAGUGUGAAUAGGCAGCGGAAGGUCCCAUGGAAAGUGGGUGGUCUA